AAAAAAAAACCAAGAGAGAGAAAGACCGUAGCUGUUUCAACGGCACCUCACCACACCAGUUGGCUACUCCUCCAUCGUUCCCACCUUUCCUCCAUUUUCUCACUAACAAAAAUAAGAAAACCCCAAACCAAAAAAAAAAAAAAACAUAACAGGGUGUGGGAAAAGGAAAAAAGAAAAACCUGGGUUACCCUAAAACCAAACCACACCUCACAAAAACAAAACAACGCAACCCUAAAAAAUCAACCAAUUCAUUCCCCUUUAACUCCCAAACCAAAAACACUAAACACAUUUUUUCUUUUUCUUUUUCUUUUCUUUCUCCCCUAAUGCCACCUCCAUAGAAAUUAUUCCAUCUUUUUAUUUAUUCAUUCAUUUACUUUAACAAAUUGUUAGAAAAUGCAACACAAAAUCUUCGCCACAAUGCGUAGCUUGAAGAUCAUGGAUGGUUGCAAGGGCACUCAGGUCUACGCCAUCAACCCCUCCGGCGCCGGUGGCGCCGACGGCCCAACCGGCGGUGGAAUCGGCGAGAAGCUUCUCCAACAGCUCCACGACCACAUCAAAGGCCAAACCCUAAGAACCAAAUCGGUUCGGAACUUGCAAGCUACGAACCAUACGACGCCGUCGGAGGUUGUCCUCUCCGACGGCUCGCUCCUUCCUUAUGGCCUCUCCAUGACGGACCUUCUGGAGCCCAAAAUUGAGCCUUCCUUGAUGUCGGUGGACUUCGUCGAAACUCUCGCCGGAGUCCACCGCCGCACAGGGGACUGCCCCCAGUUCGACCGCUCCGAGGUCUACCUGGAGCAAUGCGCGGUGUUUCAGGGGCUGGCCGAUCCGAAGCUCUUCCGCCGCAGCCUCCGAGCCGCCCGGCAGCACGCCGUCCACGUGCACGCCAAGGUCGUGCUUGCGGCGUGGCUGCGCCACGAGCGGCGCGAGGACGAGCUCAUCGGCUCAUCCUCGAGCGACUGCAGUGGGAGGAACCUUGAGUGCCCCCGCGCCACGCUGACUCCGGGCUAUGACCCAGAGUCGGUGUUUGAUUCCUGCGCGUGCACGCGUGCACACGCAGGGAAUCGUGAUAUUGAUGAUGAUGCAAUGACAAUAGUGGUUGAUGAGCAAUGCUCCACCUCGGAGGAGGAGGAGGAGGAGGAGGAGGAGGAUGGUGACAUGUCUUUUUUUGUUGGUGAUGAUGAGAUUAAGUGUAAUAGGUUCAAUAUAGCCUCACUUUCAAGGCCCUUUAAGACAAUGUUGUAUGGUGGAUUCGUAGAGUCAUUGAAGGAGAAGAUAAAUUUUUCAGGGAAUUGUUUUUCUGUUGAGGCAUUGAGGGCUGCUGAUGUGUUCAGUAGGACUAAGAGGUUGAGCCAUUUGGAGCCCAGGGUUGUUUUAGAGUUGCUAUCUUUGGCGAACCGGUUUUGUUGCGAUGAGAUGAAGAAUGCUUGUGAUGUGCAUUUGGCGUCGCUGGUUUGUGACAUAGAUGAUGCCUUGUUGCUUGUGGAGUAUGGAUUGGAGGAGACUGCAUAUCUGCUUGUGGCGGCUUGCUUGCAGGUGUUUCUCCGGGAGCUUCCCGGUUCAUUGCAGAGUUCGAGUGUUGUGAAGAUGUUUUGUAGUCCAGAGGGUAGGGAUAGGCUGGCUCUGGCAGGGCACGUGUCGUUUGUGUUGUAUUAUUUUUUGAGUCAGAUUGCCAUGGAGGAAGAGAUGAGGUCGAACACCACUGUGAUGCUGUUGGAGAGGUUAGUGGAGUGCGCAACCGAUGGUUGGGAGAAGCAAAUUGCGUUUCACCUAUUGGGUGUUGUUAUGCUUGAGAGAAAAGAAUAUAAGGAUGCACAACAUUGGUUUCAGGCAGCGGUAGAUGCAGGGCAUGUUUAUUCUUUAGUGGGAGUUGCAAGGGCAAAAUAUAAGCGUGGUCACACGUAUUCAGCAUAUAAGUUGAUGAACUCACUUAUUUCUGAUCAUAAACCGGUUGGGUGGAUGUAUCAGGAAAGGUCUUUGUAUUGUGUUGGGAAGGAGAAAUUGAUGGACUUGAUGUCUGCAACUGAGUUAGAUCCAACUCUUUCCUUUCCUUAUAAAUUCCGGGCUGUUUCUUUUCUGCAGGAAAACAAGAUUGGACCUGCCAUUGCAGAAAUCAACAAAAUAAUCGGUUUCAGGGUUUCUCCAGACUGCCUAGAAUUGAGAGCUUGGUUCUUGAUUGCCAUGGAAGAUUAUGAAGGAGCCCUCAGGGAUGUCCGGGCAAUUUUGACGUUGGAUCCAAAUUAUAUGAUGUUCUAUGGGCAUAUGCAUGGUGAUCAGUUGGUAGAACUUCUCCAACCUGCUGUUCAGCAGUGGAGUCAGGCUGAUUGCUGGAUGCAGUUGUAUGACCGAUGGUCCUCUGUUGAUGAUAUUGGUUCUUUGGCUGUUGUACACCAGAUGUUAGCAAAUGACCCGGGGAAAAGUCUUUUACAUUUUCGGCAAUCUCUCCUUCUGCUACGGUUGAAUUGUCCAAAGUCUGCAAUGCGUAGUUUGCGGCUGGCUAGAAAUUAUUCUACUUCUGAUCAUGAAAGGCUUGUCUAUGAAGGAUGGAUACUGUAUGACACUGGCCAUCGUGAAGAAGCAUUAGCAAAGGCUGAGGAAUCUAUUUCUAUUCAAAGAUCAUUUGAAGCUUACUUUCUCAAAGCUUAUGCAUUAGCUGACUCAAAUCUUGAUUCAGAGUCUUCAAAGUAUGUGAUCAGUCUCUUGGAGGAAGCUCUUAGAUGCCCUUCAGAUGGUCUUCGGAAAGGACAAGCACUGAAUAAUUUAGGGAGUGUCUACGUAGACUGUGAUAAACUGGACCUUGCUGCUGACUGCUACAUGAAUGCACUCAACAUCAAGCAUACUCGAGCACAUCAGGGGUUGGCACGUGUAUAUCAUCUUAAAAAUCACCGCAAAGCAGCAUAUGAUGAGAUGACAAAGCUAAUAGAAAAGGCACGGGGUAAUGCAUCAGCUUAUGAGAAGCGUUCAGAAUAUUGUGACCGUGACAUGGCAAAGAGUGAUCUUGGUAUGGCAUCACAAUUGGAUCCUCUAAGGACUUAUCCUUACAGAUACAGGGCAGCAGUUUUAAUGGAUGAUCAUAAGGAAGUUGAGGCAAUAGAAGAGCUUUCAAGAGCCAUUGAUUUUAAGCCAGAUCUGCAACUAUUACAUCUUCGAGCGGCAUUUUACGACUCAAUCGGUGAUUUUGUCUUCGCAGUCCGGGACUGUGAAGCAGCCCUUUGUCUUGAUCCUAAUCAUAAUGAGAUUCUUGAUCUUUGUAAUAAAGCACGGGAGCAUAUUCGAGAACCAAAGUGACGGAAUCAGAUAUUUUAAAAAAAAAAUCAUGGUUUCCUAGUGUUCCCUAUUGGGACAAGCCUAUUCUUGCCAAACUGUACUUUUUCUACUCGUGAAGGUAGUAAUCAUCAAUGUCAUUCACCUGUUAGAUUGUCUCCAGAAACAGCACGGUCUAUAUCUUUCAGCUGGCCUUCUGGAGAGUAGAACCACAGAAAAGGGAAAAGAAAGGUUAGAAAGGUCAUUUGGAUUGAAACCAAAGAGAGGAAGCAGAGGAGCAGGAUAGCUUGUAAAUAUAUGUAAUGACUUAUGUUUUUGUCAGAGUAUGGUCAAGUAGUGCAGACAACUGCUGCUGCUAUGCUCCAGUAUGCCACACCAGCAAAUUGGUGAUGAGUUACUAGUUAGACAAAACAUGUACAUGAAAAAACCAAUUUGUUAUGUAAGUCCCAAGAUUUAGAUAACUACCAUUAUAUUUUUGGCUGAGCAAUUGGCCAAUUCACAUUGUGUUAUAACAUUCUCCACUUUUCUCUGUUGUAUAAACACAAUUUUCCCUGACGACCCUUUGAACAUAUAUUGAUGAUGAGUUAUCCUUGGAGAA